AUGUCGGCACACACAGUCAAGCGACGGAAGCUUAGCCCUUCUCCAGACAAUGGCGUUUCUUCGUCUCAUCCCAAUUCCUCGAACGACGCGAAAAGGACGUCGAACGUCACCGACAAAAUGGAUUCCAAACGACAGGCAUCCCGAGGGAAAGAUGAGCGCUCUGCAGAGCUUGCAAUGGCCAGUGGCUUCUAUAAAUCCAGCUUCUUCAAGCUGCAGAUGGAUGAGCUGCUGAUGGGAUUGAGACCUAAUUAUGCUAAGCAAGUCUCCAAGCUCCAAGAAACCCUUCACCAGAUCAAAACUGCCAUCGAAAACGUGCCCGAGAAAGCUGCGCAAUCCGUGUCCGAUGCCGAGAAGGAGCUGCGUGCCUCUGGUCUAGUGGUCCCAUGGCCCGAGCCGCGACCGCACAAGGAUGUCAAGUAUACCAUGAUGUAUGCGAAGCCAGCGAACAUCAACGUGGUGGGUAGUUUCGCUUUGAAGACCGGCGUCCGCACCUUGGAAUCGCGCCCCGUUGAUUUAGCUGUAACCAUGCCAAACUCACUCUUCCAAGAGAAGGACUAUGUCAAUUUCCGAUACUUCCAUAAGAGGGCCUACUACAUUGCGUCUGUGGCUGCUGGUAUCCAGGAGACUGUGGCUGCUCUUGGGUUUGAUGUCAAAUUCGCUCCUCAGGACGGAGACAGCCUUCGUCCCCUUCUCUUGUUGGAACCGCGUCAAGCUGAAUCGUCUCAAAAAUCUAUUCGAAUCUUGCUCGCAAUCGAUCCUGCAUUGUUCCCAAUCACGCGAACACUCCCAAUGAAGACCAACAUCCGUCAAGGCUCUUCUGCUAACAGUUCUGAACCUGGCGAGCCGACUUCGUUCUACAAUGCUAGCCUCCGCUCAGAUGCUACCGUCUCUCUCUACCAUAAGUCUCUUUACUCAGCCUCAAAGAAGUGCGAAUCGCUCAGUGAUGCAUGCAUCCUUGGACGCACUUGGCUGCAGCAACGGGGGUUCCAUGCCCCUUUCCAAAAUGGAGGCUUUGGAGGCUUUGAAUGGACAGCGCUUUUGUCUCUAUUAUUUGAAGCUGGUGGGCCCUCGGGACAACCGGUUCUCUUGCCUUCAUAUAGUUGCUACCAAAUCUUCAAAGCCACCAUUCAGUUCUUGGCUGGCAGAGAUUUGACUAAUCCUCUGUUCUUUGGCCAAGAGGUUCCCGUUCCUUCUGGGGUCCCCGUUGUUUUUGAUGGCCGCAGCGGCUUGAACAUUCUCUACAAAAUGAGUCCUUGGUCUUAUGCGACACUACGCCACGAGGCCGCCACAACCUUGAAAAUGCUCAACGAGAGCCGAGAGGACAACUUCGACAAAGUUUUUAUUCUCAAGGUCGAUGAACCAGCUUUAAGAUUUGACCGCCUAAUCUCGUUCCCUAGGUUGUUCAACGGGGACACUCUCCGAGCUCUCCAUGAACAGACAGAGCUGUGGCAGGUCAUUUCCAGGGCUUUGGGAGACCGUGUUAAACUUGUCUCCCUUGCUAGCCACCCCAUUGAUCCGUGGUCAGUCAGAUCCAAGCCGAACAAAAGGUCGAGCCAGGGCGUGUCCGUGGGACUUUUGCUUGAUGCUGAAAAUGUCGGACGUAUCGUUGAUCACGGUCCACCCGCAGAGGAGAAAGAAGAGUCCGCCUCAUUCCGAUCUUUCUGGGGUGAAAAAUCAGAGCUGCGUCGAUUCAAAGACGGCAGUAUCUUGGAAAGUCUUGUGUGGUCUGAUCAAUCUGAUGAGUCCAUCAUCUACCAGAUUCUGGAGUAUAUUCUUCAGAGGCAUUUGCAACUUACAACAGAGGAUUUCGGGUUCAUGGGCGAUGAAUAUGAUCAGCAACUCAAGAAUUCGGGUGAUGGAAUUUUGGCAUACUCGAGCCCUGCUUUCCAGUCCGUCAACGACGCUUUCAAAGACCUAGAGAGGUCUAUUCGCGACAUGGAGGAAGUGCCAUUGACCGUUCGUCAUCUGGCUCCGGCCAGUCCCCUUCUUCGAUACACUGCAUUGAGACCGAACGGAGCUGCCGAUGUUGUGCUUCAGUUUGAGAGUUCUUCCCGCUGGCCAGACGAUUUUGCAGCAAUCCAAAUGACAAAGGUUGCAUUCCUCCUCAAGAUUGGUGACUCUUUGGAAUCAACUGGCGCUGCUUCUUCCUGUCGUGUUGGUUUGGAGAACGAAUCGAGCAAGGUGGUUAAUAAUGCAUACUUGGAUAUCCAUCACACUUCGGGAGUCUUGUUCCGCCUGAGAAUUCACCACGACCGAGAGCAAAUCUUGCUUGAACGCAACCUCAAGGAUCGGACUCUUAGCCCUCGAGAACGGGAAGAGGCUGCCUACGCCCUCUUCGCCUACAAGAAGUCGUUUGUUCAAACCCCUCGUUUGACCCAGUCAUUGCGAAGCCUAUGCACUCGUUUCCCUCUGUUAUCGCCUACCAUCCGUCUCACCAAACAGUGGUUCAACUCUCACCUAUUCAAUGCCCAGAUCAAUGAAGAAUUGAUUGAAUUGCUGACGAUUCGGGCAUUUACUCAGCCUAACCCCUGGGAAUGCCCCUCAAGCGUCAUGGCUGGGUUUUUGAGGACUCUCCACUCUCUGUCCCGGUGGGACUGGCAACAGGAACCGUUCAUCGUUGACUUGGGAAGAGAGCUGAGCCCAGAAGUAACUGAAAACAUCCGCACUCGUUUUGCUGCUUGGCGUAACAUCGAUCCUGCAAUGAACAGCCUGGCGCUGUUUGUGGCUUCAGAUGUCGACCCCGAAGGCGUAACCUGGACACAAUAUGAGAUGCCCUCCAAGGUUGUGGCUGCGCGGAUGUCGAGCCUGGCCAAGGCUGCUGUGAAUCUGCUGCGAAGUCAACCACAUGAUAUGGAGGUCUCUGAUCUGUUCGAUACCUCUCUUGCCCCUUACGACUUUGUGAUCCAUCUCCGCCCAAAGCUGUUCGGUAACCGUUCUUCAGUAGCCAAGUUCAAAAAUUUGGCCGAGCCCCGCCCUGAAAAGAUGGCAACCGUGAAGUCAUUUGUUCGAGAUGUGCAGGCCUGUUACAGCCAAAGCAUCCUGCUUUUCCACGGAGACGAACGCUGUUCUGUCAUUGCUGGAAUUUGGAACCCCCAGACUUUGAAGUCGCGGAAUUGGCACCUGAAAACGGCAUUCUCAACAGGCCCAGCAGCGGACUCGAAUACCCAGGUUUCGAUCAAUCAAUCUGCCAUUUUGAACGAAAUUGCUCGGUUGGGUCAUGGUCUCAUUGAAAGCAUCGAGAUUCAUGGCGCUGCAGAAUAG